CAGUACUUUGAUUGCUGACGCUGCAGAACCGCCGGCACCGGUCGAGCGAGAGCGCAUGUGUGGGAUGCCGAUCGCUUCUGCCUCUCCUGCCUAAAUUUCGCAAAUGAUAAAUGAUUCGGAAGAGAUUGCUGGGAUCUACCGAGAGCUCAGCAAAUUUCCAACUCCCUUGAAAGCUUGCAUCAGACCACAAGUUACAUUGAAAAGUAAAGAAAAGUACAGCAUCAUCUCUGCAGAAUGGUCUCAGAGGGAUCUUGAGCAGGCUGAGAGGGUGAAAGCAUUUCAAGAGUACGUUGUGUUCCAUGAUGAAACUUCCAUUGUGUGCACUAGCCGUUUAGGAAGUUGCAUAGAACGGGAAGUUGAGUUACUGAGUAGAGAUUCACCUUCUGGCACUUUGAAAGCUGUCAUCAGGGAGCAUACGAAUAGAAAGCAGGAAAAGCAGCAAUAUCUGGAGAUAUGGAGCAAAACCUCCAAGGAGAAGAGCAUAAACCUGACUGCGCUUGACAAGCAUGGCAAAGUGUAUGAAGAUGACCAGUUUGGCUGCCUAGAAUGGUCUUACUCUGAGACUUGCAUUUUGUACAUCGCUGAAAAGAAAAGACCCAAAGUUGAAUCCUUCUUCCAGUCUAAACUAGAGUUCAUUGUAAAUGAGGAUGUUGAAGACAACAGAGCAAAAAAUGGCCCAAAAUCUGAGGAAGGUAGUCAGUUUGAAUAUUGGGAGGACUGGGGUGAAGGCUUGGCAAACAAGAGUACUCCAGUCCUCUGUGUCCUAAAUAUCAGGAGUGGAAACAUCUCAGUACGGAAUGAGGUGCCUGAACAUAUUUCUCCUGGAGAGGCAAUAUGGGCUCCUAAGGAUGCUGGAAUUAUCUUUGUUGGCCGUUGUCAUGUGCCUUGGCGAUUGGGUCUCAAAUACUGCACCAAUCGGAAAUCAGCUCUGUACUGUGUGGACUUAGCAAGGAAUGAAUGCUUGCAGAUUUCUUCUGGAAUAAAUUCUGUACAUUCUCCACGCCUUAGUCCUGACCAGCACCAUCUUAUUUAUCUGGAAGGUGGCAACGUUAAGACUCAUCAUCAGUGCUACAGCCUGUCCUUGUAUAACUUGGAUGAAAAAGUGACAUCAACUGUGGUAAAGAUUGUGGAUUAUCCAACAAUAGAUGGAUUUACUGGCAUUUACUCUUCAUCACUGGCACGAAAAUGUUGGGCAGCUGAUAGCCAACGAGUCCUCAUUGACACACCGCAGAGAAGCAGGAAGGAUCUAAUUGUAGUGAACAUUACAGAAGAAAUUGUAACAUCUCUCACUGCUGGUUCAGAAAUGGGGAGUUGGACACUACUGGAUAUUCACCAGGACCUGAUUGUGGUCAUCUGCUCGUCCCCUAAGUGUCCACCUUAUUUGCAAGUGGGUUUCCUGCCAACUGCAGGACAGGAGCAAGAGAUUGUCUGGAUGCCUCUAGAUGAACCUGAACCACUGCAAGACAUAGAGUGGAAAAUCCUGACUUUUACACCUCCUCCUGAGCAAGAGAAUCCAAAGUUUCGGAGUCUUCUCUUUGAAGGUAUUUUGCUUGUUCCUGGGCAGGAAAAAAAUGGAAAACCCCCACUUGUUGUAAGUCCACAUGGAGGACCUAACUCUGUCUUCAUUACAUGUUGGAUGUUGCUGCCCAUUGCCUUGUGUAGGCUAGGAUAUUCAGUACUGCUUGUGAAUUAUAGAGGAUCUUGUGGCUUUGGACAAGACAGUAUUUGGUCACUACUCGGUAAUAUAGGAAGCCAAGACGUGAAAGAUGUGCAGUUUGCUGUUGAAAGUGUGUUAAAGGAAGGAUUUGUAAAUUCUGAGAAGAUUUUGCUAAUUGGUGGCUCACAUGGAGGAUUUAUUUGUUGUCACCUGAUUGGCCAGUAUCCUGGUUUCUACAAGGCCUUCGCCACGAGGAAUCCUGUCAUUAACCUGGCUUCCAAGCUGGGUACAACAGAUAUUCCUGACCACACUAUGGUGCAAGCUGGCUUUGAGUUUGCCCCAGACCAGUUACCUACUCCUUCUAUGCUGGCAACAUUAUUGAGCAAAUCGCCCAUUAUAUAUAUUUCUCAGGCAACAACUCCAGUUUUGAUAAUGUUAGGUGAGAAAGACAAACGGGUUCACCCUUCACAAGGUCUUCAACUCCACGGUGCGCUGAAAGCCAGAGGGGUUCCUGUACGGUUACUGUGGUACCCUGAUGACAACCAUGCGCUCUCCAACAUUGACACAGAAGCUGAUGUGUUCAUGAAUGUUGCUAUGUGGUUUAGCUUUGCACUGAACAGACUGCAGCUUGAGAGAACCUAAUGUACUGAAGUCGAUCUAUCCAAGGUCCUAUCUAACUUUAGUUCAAAUUAGUUAAUUUUAUUUGAUGAUCUUAGAGUAUUUUCAGUGCCUUUCCGCUUAGUACGACUAAAGAGUUGCGGGUUGCCCUUACUCAUUCAGCUAUCAUUGCCUCAGUAGUAUCUUUCCUGUAAAUUAAUUGUUUUAAUAUCUGACACAGGUGUUUAAGUGAAUUAUGUAAUAUGAACAUUUUGUGUGAACAAGGGAGAAUGCCUUAUUACUAGAGACUAUCUGUCUUGGUUAAGAUAAUAAAUAGAAAUAUCACUGCUUAUUUAAAUCCACGGAGUAUAUCACUUUGGGAUAUUUUUGAAGAUUCUCAAGAAGUGACAAAAUUUAUCCUUCAUCCCUGACCACUUGAACAGCCAUUAGCUAUUUGUGGUACCUGAAUACAGAACAAAUGGUAUAUUCAAAUUUCAUUUAUUGAAGAUGAAAUAUUUUGAAAUGUCUUCACAAUAUAAAAGAUGAUGUAAUAAUGUAUGUUCUUACUUUCUUUGUGGCUUUAAAAAUUCUCAAUAUUCAGAUAUGUAGAUCUUGCUGGAUUUAGUUAGUCUAUACCACUGUUUAACUUUAUGUUCCACCUGGGAGAAAUAAAGAGUGGCACGGUGGCAUAGCAGCUUCAAUGUCCUGAUCACAACCCUAACCUCCAGUGCUGCCUAUGUGGAGUUGGCAUGCUUUCCUUGCAUCUUGCUUCUUCCAGGUGCUGAGAAGCAUUUCUUCAAUAUCUUUGAAGAAAAGUUUCAUAUGGAUAUUGGCAGCUCACUUUCAUUUAAGAAUGUUUUUUUUAAUAUCAUUUAGAUGUGAAAUUUAAUAGGUUAACUGGCAAUUAUAAAUUGUCCUUAGUGUACAGUUGAGUUGGAGAAUCUGGGGGAAAUGAAUGAGAAUGUGGGGAAAAUAAAAUGUGAUUAGUAUAAACGGGUGCUUGAUGAUUGUCCUAGACUUGAUGGGUCAUGGGUGCCUAUUUCAGUGUUGUAUAGCUCUACAAUUAAAUGGAUUUCGAAGAACAUAAAUGUUCAUAGCAUUGUGCUGUCCAAGAAGCCACAUAAUUACAAAUAUAGAAUACAUUUUUUUGCUGACUAAACUUCAAAAGCAUCUCUUAAGUAAUACAGGAACAUGUUCUGAUACUGAAGAUUUAGUCCAUAAUUGGGAUUGAAACAAAGAAAACUUUAACCUGUUUUAUAAAUGACUUCUAUAUCCAAAAUUUCAACUGCUAAAAAAGGUGAUCCUCUUCUCUACUAGAAUGUAAAGCAGUUCAUGUUUUUCUAAUACUGAAUAUUCUUAUGCAUAGUGGACGUAAAUCUGUGAAUUAUGGUAAGACCAGACUCUAUUUUAAUGCACGUACUUUAAUUUUUAAAUGUAAUGAGUUGAACUGGACAAAUUUCAGAUUUAGAUUCUUAUGAACACUGUGCCAGAUCCAUCUCCCUGACAAUCUUAGCAUUGAUGAUUUUGUUCCAGUCAACUGUUGUGUGCAUAAAUGGUAACUGGCGUCGCAGGCCUUUGAGCAUACAGUCCAGUUUUUGGUAAUUAUCCAUCAGUGCAAGCUGGAGGGAGAGAGAGAAAAAAUAAACUCUUCUUUGACUGCUCAUAAUAGAGAUUAUUGAACUUUCUAUCAUACAAGCACAUAAGCUUUCAGACAAAAUGAUUUUCUCAACCUUUACGUGAUUCAAUAAUAAAAUUAAA